ACGUCUGACAGUAUUCCGCAGCUGUUCAUCACUGAAAAAUUCUUUAGAUUACUCGAUAGCGAGAUUGUAAUACACAGAAAAUAUGGUGAAAUUUCCACUAAUCUUUCACUUCUGCAGGAUGAACGAGGAACGGCCGCCAUCAAAACCGUAGAAAUUGAUGACAGUUUUGGAGGCGUUCCGGUGCAAUAUCGUGAGGUAUUGAGUUCCACCAGAAUAAUAUCACUGUUUUCUUUACAUGUUUACAAGGGUACAGAAUCGCGAUGGAUGAAGUUCAACGAUUCAGCUGCUGUAACUGUCUCUGAAAUGUGCGCAUAUUUCAGGUGCAAGAUCAUGAAUCUUCGCUAUUUCUGUCGUACUUCAAAGAUGGUAUCAAGUGAAUACCUGAAAGGAGGUGCCGAAUCUGGUUUCAGACCGGUGAAAGAUCAAUAUGAGAAUUGGAAGCCACGUCUGUUCCACUGUAAAGGAAAGAGGAAUGUGCGUUGCACAGAGGUCGAGUGUAACUGGAAAGAGUUGAAUCUUGGUGAUGUGUUCAUUCUGGAUUGUGGUCUUCAAAUCUAUGUUUGGAUGCCACCUGAAAGUGGUCGUCUUGAACGCAUUAAGGUUUCAUCUUUCCAUUUCUUCAGGCCCCUAGUCAACUCAGCAAUCCUUGAUUCGAGAAGCUCAUAA